UGGGAGUGGGCGCAGCGCAAGAGUCGACAUGUCGGCGGAGUAUGGCUCCGACAGCCAGCCGACGGCUGACUCUCGCCGGCCGCCCCACCGUCGCGGAGCCCGGCCACGCCGCCGAGUGCUGCGAGCUCCGCCGCCGCCGGCAGCUGUCGUCGAAGCCGCCGCCACCGCACGCCGCCGCCGCCGCCGCUGUCGACGCUGCCGCCAUCGCCGCCGUUGCAGCCGCUGCCCUCGCAGUCGACGUCGCCCCGCCUUACGCGCCGUGGGGGUUGACCGUGCUUGAGUAGCCAUCACUGCUGCUGUGUAUGGGGGUGCUAGGGGGUGUGUGGCUUAGUGUGCUGUGCGUGUGGCGGGCAAUCAGCUACCAAGCCUAGGGGGUGUGUUAAAUUAUA